GGGUGCUGUGGUUUGAGCUUGAGGGUGAAGCUGGCGGAACAGGACGAUGGGCGAGCAGUCUGAAUGCCAGAAUGGAUAACCGUUUUGCUACAGCAUUUGCAAUUGCUUGUGUGCUUAGCCUCAUUUCUACCAUCUACAUAGCAGCCUCAAUUGGCACAGACUUCUGGUAUGAGUAUCGAAGUCCAGUUCAAGAAAAUUCCAGCGAUUUGAACAAAAGCAUCUGGACCGACUUUGCUAGUGAUGAGGCAGAUGAAAAGACUUAUAAUGAUGCACUUUUCCGAUAUAAUGGCACAGUGGGAUUGUGGAGACGGUGUAUCACUAUUCCCCCAAACACAUACUGGUAUAGCCCACCAGAAAGGACAGAGUCAUUUGAUACGGUCACAAAAUGUAUGUGUUUCACGCUAAAUGAGCAGUUCAUGGAGAAAUUUGUUGAUCCUGGAAACCACAAUAGUGGGAUUGAUCUGCUUCGGACCUAUCUUUGGCGUUGUCAGUUCCUUUUACCUUUUGUUAAUCUAGGUUUGAUGUGCUUUGGGGCUUUGAUUGGACUUUGUGCUUGUAUCUGCCGAAGCUUGUACCCCACCGUUGCCACAGGCAUUCUCCAUCUCCUUGCAGGUCUGUGUACACUGGGCUCCGUGAGUUGUUACGUUGCUGGAGUUGAACUACUCCACCAGAAACUAGAGUUGCCUGAGAAUGUGUCUGGAGAAUUCGGAUGGUCCUUCUGCCUGGCUUGUGUCUCAGCUCCCUUACAGUUCAUGGCUUCUGCUCUCUUCAUCUGGGCCGCUCAUACCAACCGGAAAGAGUACACCUUAAUGAAGGCAUAUCGUGUGGCAUGAGUGGGAAGCUGCUUGCUUUACAAUUGCCAUUUUUAUGAUUUUUUUAUAUUAAUA